AAAAAAAGCAGAGCCGAAGGAACCGAAACCCUCUUCCAUCGGAAUCGCCAUUCAAUUGACGCCCAACGACGCUUUCUCACCAUAACCGCCACCGUUCCUCCACCAAUCUGUAGGAUCGAAGAAGCAAUUACUCUCCUUCAGAAUUCAUUCAAAUAAUUCGGUCACUCCUCUUUCUGCUCACUUGACCUAAUUCUCACUGCUCUGAAUUCGCCGAUUCUCUUUAUUCCUCGAGGAUUUAUUUUGCGAUUGAUUGGUGUAGCAGAUUGAUUUAGCGGAUCGAAGCAACUAACCCCCUCGAGGAGAUAACUUAGUUUUGUGCAAACGAAUGUUGUGAUUCUCUCGGUACAAGUUAAACAUAGUUUGACUCUAGAGAAGAAUCCAACAACAAAAAAAAUGGACUUCUCCGAAAAGUACAUGUCAAACGAGCAUCAAGAACAAUAUAGAUCUGCUUCAGAAAGUGCCGAUCCAUCGUCCCUUUCUCCAUUAAUGAUCUCAACAGCAUCACCAAAAUCACCACGUUCGCCAAGAUCCCCGAGGUCUCCAAGGUCACCGAGAUCUCCUAAAUGCAAGCCCUGUGGGUCCCAGUCGAGCCCUCUCAAGAAUCUAAGGCAUUCUCAUUCUGGGAAACACAGUCAGCCUAAGAAAGGUGGCUAUGGUGGGAAAGGAACCUGGGGAGGAUUGCUCGAUAGCGAAGAUGGCUGUGUAGAUGAUAUCAAUGAUCCAAAUUAUGUUACCGAUAAGGAAGACAUCAAAUUCAUCGUUAAAAGAAGCGAAAAGUUCGAAGACUUCAAAAAGAAAGCAAUAGUUAUGGUGGAGGAAUAUUUCGCUAAUGACGAUCUAAUCUCAACCGCUAACGAACUGAGAGAACUCGACAUGCUAAGCUACAGUUUCUAUUUCGUCAAAAAGCUCGUUUCAAUUGCCAUGGACAGGCGUGACAAGGAAAAAGAAAUGGCUUCCAUUCUGCUCUCCUCGCUUUACGGUGAUGUCAUCGAUCCACAACAACUGUACAAAGGUUUUCAAAAGCUCGUUGAGUCUGCAGAUGAUUUGAUUGUUGACAUUCCCAAUGCAGUAGACAUUCUUGCAUUGUUCAUCGCUCGAGCGGUUGUUGAUGAUAUACUUCCACCCUCUUUCUUGACAAAGACGAUGGCUUAUUUAAGCAAAGAUUCGAAAGGAGUCGAUGUCAUUAAAAGAGCUGAGAAGGGGUAUUUAUCCGCUCCUUUACACGCAGAAACAAUCGAGCGGUGCUGGGGCGGCAGCAAGAAUAAAACGGUGGAAGAUCUCAAGGCGAAAAUAAACGACUUAUUAGUCGAAUACGUAGUGAGCGGAGAUGUAACAGAGGCUAGCAGAUGUAUCAAGAAUCUGAAUGUUCCUCACUUCCACCAUGAAAUAGUUAAGAGAGCUGUAUUAAUGGCUAUGGAAAAGAAACAGGCCGAAAGCCGACUUCUGGAACUGCUAAAAAGAUCUUCCGAAGAAGGGUUGAUAAAUUCGAGCCAGAUAUCGAAGGGGUUCAGUCGGAUUAUCGACUCUGUUGACGACCUGUCAUUAGAUAUACCGAAUGCGAAAGUGUUGUUGCAGUCAUUGAUUUCUAAAGCAGCAUCAGAAGGGUGGCUUUGUGCUUCGUCUUUGAAGUCACUGUCACUGCAUCCAGGGAAAAAAGCGGUCGAAGACAAUACGCUUAAAGCCUUCAAGAAGAAGGCAGAGUCGAUAAUCCGAGAGUAUUUCUUGUCGGGGGAUAUUUCGGAAGUUAGUUGCUGUUUGGAAUUUGAAAACAGUUUCUCUGUGGCAGAGCUUAACGCGAUUUUUGUGAAGAAAUUGAUUACUUUAGCUAUGGACAGGAAGAAUAGGGAGAAAGAAAUGGCUUCGGUUUUGCUUUCCUCUUUGUGUUUUCCUUCGGACGAUGUGGUCAGUGGGUUUAUAAUGCUGAUAGAAUCCGCAGAAGAUACUGCUCUGGAUAUUCCGGUUGUUGUCGAGGAUCUUGCUAUGUUUUUAGCUAGAGCGGAAGUUGACGAAGUGUUGACCCCACAAGAGUUGGAAGAAAUCGGGAGCCAUUUUCCGGGAGUUGAUUCUAUAGGGAAUAAAGUGACUCAAAUGGCUAUAUCUCUCCUCAAGGCUCGGCUUUCCGGCGAGCGGAUUCUGAGGUGUUGGGGCGGUGGAGGGAGCUGCAAAAACGGGUGGACGAUCGAAGAUGUGAAGGACAAAAUCGGAAAGUUGUUGGAGGAGUUUGAGGCAGGGGGUGGUACUAGGGAGGCGUGUCGGUGUAUAAAGGAGCUGAGUAUGCCGUUUUUUCACCACGAAGUUGUGAAGAAGGCUCUGAUUGUGCUUAUGGAGAAUAAGAACGAUAGGAUGUGGUGUUUGUUGAGGCAGUGCUUUGAUAUGCAGCUUAUUACUAUGAAUCAAAUGAGUAAAGGGUUUGUUAGGGUUGGCGAGUGUAUCGAUGACUUGGCUUUGGAUGUGCCUGAUGCUAAGAAACAGUUUGACAAGUUCGUUGAACGGGCUAAGGUUGAAGGGUGGUUGGAUAGUUCGUUUGGGGUAAACGGGUCGGGUCAAGAUUCAUCGUCUGGUGUAAACGGGUCGGAUCAAGAUUUGUCGAAUGGUCGUUAAUUAUUAUUGAAGGACUUUACACACAUUCACUUUACUAGGACUAGGUUUCCUUCAUGCAUUUUUUUUUCGCUUUCUCCGUUUUGAUUGACUAAAUCAUGAAUGCAUGAAUGCAUCUGUUAGGUUGCGUUUUUACAGAGUUAAAGACAGUGAAUAUCUUGUAUACAUUUGGCGAGAAAGUUAUGAUGGGAAUAAUAACAUGCAUAGAUAGAACGAGAG